AUGGCCAGUGCACAAGAAUCCUCUUCAAAAAGGCGAGCCUCUGUGCUAGUCGCCGACUGGGUCGACAGUCACCAUGGCCAUCGCCACCAUCAUCAUCAUCUUGCCGACACGACGACAUUUGCAGAGUAUUCAUUCAUGAUCAGCAUGGAGGCCAGGCAGUUUUUGAUCGAAUUUCAGGCCGACAUUGCCACCAAGCUGCAGGAAUGUAUCGAUAGACGGCCCACCUCGGGACGCCAGACCAUGGAAAUCCUCAACGACGAGGACGCCGCCAGGACCCUCUUUUCCAUGACGGUGGAGAGGCUGGCGACGCCAUCGGCAACCGAGAUCCUCCGGAUGAUGGAGGAGGAAUUCUACUUUGAUUGCGACGACCUAGUGCGGGCGGCGCUGGCAUGGUACGAGCUCGAAAGAGAAGAGAGCGCGAGCCCGGCCUCGCAGAAGCCAGAGCUCAUCAUGCUCAUAGAAGAGCUGGUAGAGCAGUACUCUUGGGAGCCGUCGAUUGCACACUGGCGGGAGAGGCACUCACCAGCGAGGUUCCAGGCCGACAGGGAACUCGUGGAAGCCUUUUGGAGGGCACUACCGAGGCUGGUCCGCGAGCAUCAGCAACUGCGCGGUGAUUACCACGACACAGAUGAUGGUGCCUCGGAUGUACGUUCGGAAGAGAGCGGCAAUGACUAUGGCAAUGCCCUUGACUCUGCCGGACCAAAGUACAAGAAAAGUGCACCAGUGACCGAGGUAAUGAGCACAACCUGCGGGCCAUGUCCCAUUUAUUGA